AUGCUGUCACCUCGAUUGGUGAUGAAACGUUUGCAACCAAAUGGCCCAGCUCAGCGAACAAGCCAACGACCAUCUACGCUACCUGAGCUACCGACAUUCUCCUCUAUAGAUAAGCCCAGCUUCUUUGACCUAUGCCUGACAUUUAUGAGUCGCUACUCUGUGGAUGCUCGAAAUAAGAUGAGUCAAGAGGGGCCGGUUUCACUAGCUGAGUCUGCCGGCCAUGGCAUUACUCGGUUCAGUGAUUGGAUGCUCAAGGAAGACAGCCUGACAGUACCAGACCUUAAAGAACUAGAGUUCAAGGAAUUUGAAAAACUGACAAAGUGCAAAAAGCGCUUGGCAAAUCCUGAAGCCUCUACACAUUUUGGGCGUAUUCUCCGUUUCACUGAAGAUCCCCUACAUUCCAGUGACUUUGACGACCCCGAGACGGAGAUGAAGCGUCUUCCUAGAUGUGACGAAUUAGAACAGGCCGGUGAAGUAUCAUCCAAACGAACCGUGGCACUUAAUGAGAUGUCGCGGAAGUUCAUUUUUGCCCCCAGUCCUGCAUACGCACAUCCAAGUUGGACAGAGCAAACACGACUCCAGGAAACCGAAUCACACUGUCUCAGGGAAGAAACGCAACUAACACCAAAAUUUCAGGUGUCCAGCAACUCACAGAAAGAUCUGCAUCAGGUGGAACCCAAUAGUUUGCUAGAGGAUGAAAUGGCUCCAGCUUCACCUGAUGCAUCCCAACAUCAACGUAAACGAUCACCCAGUUCCAGUAUCAUGAUCCCCCAACCAAGUGUUCACAAGGCCCCGACGAUUCUGAAGUGGACCAGUCCAAGUGCAAAUCUAAGAUCCUCCACCCUGUGUUCAAAUGCAAACCACGCAAGGAACCGUCGUAGUCGGGUUGUCUUCUCGAGAACGGUAAUGGUCAGUAAUGGCUUGGAAACGACCCAGCUUAACUGUCCCUCCGAAACAGAUGAUGAAGACGACUCUGAUUUUCAUCGAGCCUGUCCAAGAUUAACUCUGGAUGACAUGGUUAUUAACAGAACCAGUGAACCAUGGCAUUCAGCUUCCAGAUUCGACACAAAAAGCUGUAAACAAUCCUCUCGACAACACAGACGGUUUCUCCGCGCCUUGGAGACAUUCACAAGACCAGACAAAUCCCAAAGUCCUUUCUAUAAUUAUUUAGCGGAUAAUUCUACUGAUCUGAUGGUUUCCGAAACUGAAAAAUCCACUCCAGUUGUACAGAGGCCACGGCAUCACCACAACUGUCAGGCCCUGCGACAAAACACCAAAGUGAUCACUUCCCCUGCUGACGUCAUGUUUGGUUCUUUCAAUUAGGCGGGCUGAUUUCAGAACGACUGUUUGUCCUGUACCUCAGUGUCCUUCUAACGAUCUUCCUUGCAAUUCUUGCCUUAACUGGCCCCCAGUUCUGCGUGAUAUGCUAUUUGCCAGAGCAAUAAUUUCUGACAACCCUCACCCGCUGUUGUACAUUUUAUAAUCCGUUGGAAACCGUAACAAACCAAGAUGAAAACGUACGGUACUUGGUUUCAAGAAGAGCAGUUGUUUAUCUUCUAGAGA